AUGCUCCCAAAAAGCCAAUAUUACCGCUAUUUCUCUUUAACUUUUACAAACCUGAUCAUAGGCCUAGGAGGUUCAAGUCUUGAUCCUAUGGAGAAUUCAAGUCCAUUACCUUCCAAUGUUGAGAUAAAUGGCUCACAGAAGCCACAUUUUGAAACAGCUACAUCAACAGUUUCUUCGAAUCCAGCUCAACCACUUCAUAAUCGACGAAAUCAUUUAAAAGAAAUGCAUGAUCGCCUUGAACGAUUCAAAAGUCGAAAUUCUGUGGCUAUUCGAAGAGAAGUAGAGCAAGAAGAAGCUAAAGUUAAAGAAGAACAAAGACGGCUUGAAGAUGAACAAAGACUAGAGGUUGAAAGACAGUUGCUUUUGCAAGAGUUACAGGCAUCGCAUGUAAUGGCAUCAAGGAAUGCCACUGUUGUUUCUCAAGCACCUCCUCCAAUUCCUAUGUACACCAAUCCUCCAUUCCACCAGAUUAACUUUGCACAGCUAUUUUCUCCAAAUUCAAAUGGAUUUGGAUUUCCUACUCUUGUUUCUGAAAAAGAAGCUAUCGAUUGGCUAAAAGCCGAUGGUAACAUGCGAUAA